AUGUCCACCGAGACAUACAAGGCAAUUUUGAAGAUAGCAGUGGUGUUGAUAUCAGGAUCGAUUUUUCAACUGAAGGACGACUCCAUCGAUAAGUACUUGCCAUUGUACGAGACGUUGAUAGAAUACCUCGAUGUGAUAGAUAUCAUGACCCAGAAGUUGUACCUCCACGACAGCAAAAUAACCUAUAACACCAUCAAGUUGGUCAAUGACUUGAUUCUCAAAGCUUUGAAGUUUCAGUAUAGUGGGAUUAUUACUUUAGCAGGAAGAUUGAAGCAUGUCACUUUAUUCAGUACCAUUGGUAACUUGAUUGAUACCGACGACAAGUCAAUUUUGGACGCCAUCUCCAACUUGAAGAUAAGCUACGCCAAGUUGAACGACUACUUAAAUGACACCAAGUUCGACUUGUCGAUAAAGUCCCACCAAAUUAUGUUGAAUAAUUUAUUUCUCUACUUGGAAAUCAGCUUGAACGAGUUUGGGACGCCUGCUAAACCAGAAGAGUAUAUCAAGGCUGGUUUCACCGAGAACCCUCGAAAAUUCAUCGUCGAUAAUGCUACAAUCUUAUUGGCAAUGGACUUGAAAAUCUUCUUGAAAGAUCCAAAUAUGACCUUCAAGAAAAAGUUUCAUGAGGAAUUGAUGAUGAGUGAUCACAACAGAACAUUUCCAAUGUACUUAUUUAUAGAGAAGGCAACAUACUUGUGGAUCGAUGUGUUUAGCCAUAAGGAAAAGUACCCCCGGAUAUACGAUAAUAUCUUGAGUUGGGAAUUAAUGAUGUACUACACCAUGAACUCGUGUCUCACCUUAUGGCAAGAGACGAAGGCCCAAUUGACCAACGACGAGGAUGUUAGCAGAAUUAUGGGAUUGAUAAAGGACAAUGUUUAUCUCAUUGAGGAGAACUUAACCAAUCAUUUGAGUACCAAGACGAUUGAGGAAUGUCUUGACUUGACCUUGAAUGAGACUAACGUCGAACUUAGAAGACACCAGAUUGACCGUAUAAAGGGUUCAUUUUCCGAUGUGUGGGAUGCAAGAUUCACAGAAUUCAAUAAGCAGUUGGCUUUUGAAGUUAUGGAAUUUGUGUGUGAACAAAGAGUUAUUCAGCUAUUGAAGGGCUCUUGGGCAGCAAACGGUUCUGUUAUGGCUGCUAAAUACUAUUUCAUUCUCUUGUCUCCAAACAGACAAUAUUUAUACUACAAAGAGUUCACUGAAAAGUCUCUUCAAAAACCUUCUUUUGAAGAAAUGGAGCAGCAGCUGAUCAAGUUGACGGACAUCACCGACCUAAGAUCUCAGAAAGUUGGUGAUCAUGUGGGAGAAGAAGAUAAGAAGAAACAUAGUAUGUUGAUCUCUGUCAAAGGUACCAUUUCGUAUGAGAAAAUUACCUUGAUAGGGGCCAACAACAAGAAAUUGUUGAGCUUCUACACUGAUACACAAGUCAACAAGUAUGUGUGGUUAGAUGGUUUGAAGAUGUUAAAGGGAAUAAUCAAGCCCGGACAAUUGUCCAGUGACACUGAAAAGCAGUUAGAUGCUUUGGUGGAUAUAAGAAGAAACACCCAAUUAAUGAAUUUGGAAGACGUCAAACUGGUCAACCAAGUCACUUUUAGGGAAACAAGUGGUCUGUCAUCAGAUGACGAAGAUUAUUACGACAUCAAUGAGUUAACAACCGUCGCUACUGAUAAGUACUAUUAUGCUGUAUAG